AUGGUCCUAAAAAACUUUCGCUUUGAUGAAAAAAGGUUAGGAAGCGUAGAAAAAGACCUUGAGUUCGCGAGAAAAAUGCAAGAUAAUAAUAUGUCGGAAGGAAGUUCUUCGAGCGCUCAGUACAGCCUUGAAAAUCAACAACAGCAAUCAUCAUCACCACCGCCUCAGAAAACGUCGGCGGCCUUUCAACCUUUCACCACGACCCCACAAGCCACAAAUUGUCUGAAUCAAUUACCUCAAGGUGCCGCCUAUGCUUACAUUCCAAAUACCAUUGGAGGACCGGUCUCACAACCAGCAUCAGGUGUAAAAACUAAAAGAAAACAGGUUAAGAAUGCUUGUGUUAACUGUCAAAAGGCAUGCAAGAAAUGCGACGACGGAAGACCAUGUCAACGUUGCAUCAAGUACGAAUUGACAGAGACGUGUCAAAAUUCCAUUCGAAAAGAGAGAAAAAAGGGCAUUAAGAGAGGUCCUUACAAACGUAGGCAACAACAAAGGGAAAGCGCAACUAGUGCGGAUACGAACAAAUCGCCUUGUCCGGAAGUGGUAACACCCGUUACUGCUUCAAUAAUGUUUCCUGUCAUCCCUCCGAGUGAUCCUAACGCACCACCUGCAAAUCCCAAUCCUAAUCCGAUACCUAUACCAGUCACUUUACAAUUGCCUAAUUUUCAACCACAAACUGUGGCGAUGCAAUCAACGACUCCGAAUUCGGCCAUUCCCUCGAAUAUAGGGCAAUUCGUGAUGAUUCCUGCGACCACAGGAACCACUUCUUAUUAUGUGCUUGUUCCACCCUCUUGUCUGCAACAACAACAGCAGCACCCACCACCACCCUCCUCCAACUCUACGUCAGCCCAGGGUAGGCGACAGUCAUUGUCUCAAACCGAAAAUAUACCAAAAUCAAAAGUAGAGCAGUCGAAAGUAACUAAUAACGAGAUUCUAGGUAUAUCCAAUAAGGCAACCGUAAAAUCCUCGGAUCGUAAGAAUAGUACAAGUCCUGGUGGUGAAAAGGAAAACGAGGGUGCAAAUUUAUCGGUACUUUCUCAGGUUUGCAGUGACAUGUUGGAUAAAUCACAAGACGAUUCCAGGCAAAGUGAUGAUGAAUCAAAAGAAAAGGUGCCGUCUGCUAACAUCGAAAUAUCAAAAGAUGCAAAGUUUUCUCCGCAAGCUUCAGGCGAAUGUACCUCUAACGAUAACCUUAAAGUUCAAAACGAUGUGACGAUUCUCGAUGAAGCAAAGGAAAAGCAAUCUUCAGCGAUGGUCGAAGAAAUUGCUGACAGUGGAACGAAAGAAAUAACAGAGGACAAGAAAAUUUCCCCAAGCAUGUCAAACACUGAUAAAGAACAUAUCAACUUUAAAGAUGUUAACCCGAAGCAACAAGUACAGUCGUCGAUCAGCACAACAAAUGAUGACGGGCUUGUUCCAAUCAAUCAGACUGAAGAGGGUGAUUAUCAUCCGAGCCCGCGGUCACCACCAACCUUUUCAAUUCCAACGGUUGGCAGCGACACUUUGUAUUUUCAAAUUCCUCCAAAUUCCUACCCUGUCACACCCGCUUCACAUGUUCCCAUUAAACGCGAAGUACCAUUCAACGAUGCCAAUUCUACGACCGAUUACAAACAUACAGGGGUUUCGCUCUGCAACGGUCAAGCUCAAUUUCCAAAUCAUAUUGACGUUUUCCCGCAUCAACCAUCCAUUUCACAACCGUACUACCAUCAUCGCCAGAAUGUUCAGGCUCUUUCAAGAUCGAGAAAUUCUGAAUCAUUCAAUCAACUAUACACAAGAUAUCCUGUGAAUGCACCAACUCCUUAUCCUUCUUUCGUUUACAAACCAGUUCACAACAUUGCCUCUGGUUCUAACAGCGGUUCGGAUGCUUCCUUGCAGGGCAAACAAAAUUUCCCAAAUUACUAA